AUGGUCAAAGAGAAUAAAGAAGAAGUCAUUGGAGAUGAAAAAGCAGAAAUAGAAUGGUGUUUAGCAUAUUUAAAUAAUAGAAGUAAAGAAAGUUAUAGUAGAAAAUUACAUGAAGAAUGUUUAUAUUGUUGUUAUUUAUAUGAUAUUCUAAGUAAAACUAAUAAAGAAUAUGAAGAAAUGUAUGAGAAUCGAAUAAUGAUUUGUUUAUUGGGUGCAUCAAGUGGAGUAGAAGGAAUAGGAAAAGAUGUGAUUAAUGAAGUAGAAGAAAUGAAAGAAGAAGCAAAAAAGUGUCUUGAAGAAAUAAGAAGAAAAGGAAUUAACACAACAAAUUCAAUUGAAAAACUUGAAACAACAAUAAUCACAGUUGAAGUAAAAAUAUGUAUUAUCAAAGAAGAAGGAAUAGAUGAAGCAAUUACAAAAUUACUUAGAACAGGAACAAAUAGUUGA